CCGCGCAUGCGCCAUGGGGGCCAGGGGCAGCCCUGGGGAUUCCGUUCCCAGAAGGCACUGCGCACGCCGCCGCCGCCGCCGCCGUCGCUGCCGCCGCCGCCGCCGCCGUCGCCGCCAUUUUCCCAGAGCGAGAAGCAGUGACACUGAGCGGGCGCAGGGGGCCGAGUCGCAGAUCGAGCUUGAGUUCGGGAGCGGCGACCGAGGGGGCAUAGACACUCGGAGCAGCCUCGCCGUCUCCUCAGCGUUCGUGUCGCCGGCCCAGGAGCCCCCUCCCGGACUCCGCUUCCUGAAGAGGCUGCGCGCUGCUGCUUGGGGAGGGGGUGUGUGGAGCCGGGUCCUGUGUCCGCAGUGGCUGGUGUCGGGGGUCGUCCGAGCGCCGAGGCGUGGACACACUCUUCCCGGGUCGAGCCGAUAACGGGGUUCGGGUGUCUGGUGUGUGAACAUCACAGAACAAAGCUGCUUGAUUGGUUGAAUUGACACAGCUUAUGUUAAGCCUCCACCUAACAAUAUUGUUGAAAGCUAGACAACAGAUGAAUUUGAAUAGCUCCUAUUUUCCUGGCACUAAGGAUACAGAGAUAGGUCUAUUCUGGAUAUCAGGUUUUGUGAAGACAUUUAUUCUUUCUUGGACCUCAGAUUUCCCAGACAUCUCAUGGGUUUGUGGAUGCACUUAGAUGUUUGCAAUGAGCACUGUGGCUGGCAUGCCCCAGUGUUUUGGAUACCAAUGCAUAGGACUCCAUAGUAAUCGAAUUUACCAGAGGCGAACGUCAUGAGCAUAGUGAUCCCAUUAGGGGUUGAUACAACAGAAACGUCAUACUUGGAAAUGGCUGCAGGUUCAGAACCAGAAUCCGUAGAAGCUAGCCCUGUGGUAGUUGAGAAAUCCAACAGUUAUCCCCACCAGUUAUAUACCAGCAGCUCACAUCAUUCACAUAGUUAUAUUGGUUUGCCCUAUGCGGACCAUAAUUACGGUGCUCGUCCUCCUCCAACACCUCCAGCUUCCCCUCCUCCAUCAGUUCUUAUUAGCAAAAAUGAAGUAGGCAUAUUUACCACUCCUAAUUUUGACGAAACUUCUAGUGCUACUACAAUCAGCACAUCUGAGGAUGGAAGUUAUGGUACUGAUGUAACCAGGUGUAUAUGUGGUUUUACACAUGAUGAUGGAUACAUGAUCUGUUGUGACAAAUGCAGUGUUUGGCAACAUAUUGACUGCAUGGGGAUUGACAGGCAGCAUAUUCCUGAUACAUAUUUAUGUGAACGUUGUCAGCCCAGGAAUUUGGAUAAAGAGAGGGCGGUGCUACUACAACGCCGGAAAAGAGAAAAUAUGUCAGAUGGUGAUACCAGUGCAACAGAGAGUGGCGAUGAAGUUCCUGUGGAAUUAUAUACUGCAUUUCAGCAUACUCCAACUUCAAUUACUUUAACUGCUUCAAGAGUUUCCAAGGUUAAUGACAAAAGAAGGAAAAAAAGUGGGGAGAAAGAACAAAACUUUUCAAAAUGUAAAAAAGCCUUUCGUGAAGGAUCUAGGAAGUCUUCCAGAGUUAAGGGUUCAGCUCCAGAAAUUGAUCCUUCAUCUGAUGGUUCAAAUUUUGGAUGGGAGACAAAAAUCAAAGCAUGGAUGGAUCGAUAUGAAGAGGCAAAUAAGAACCAGUAUAGCGAAGGUGUUCAGAGGGAGGCACAAAGAAUAGCGCAAAGACUAGGCACCAGUAAUGACAGAAAAGACGUGACUAAAUCAGAAUUGAGUAUCAACAGUUCACUCUUCAAACCUCCUGUAGAGAGCCACAUACAGAAGAAUAAAAAAAUACUGAAAUCUGCCAAAGAUUUGCCUCCUGAUGCACUUAUUAUUGAAUACAGAGGGAAGUUUAUGCUGAGAGAACAGUUUGAAGCAAAUGGAUAUUUCUUUAAAAGGCCAUACCCUUUUGUUUUAUUCUACUCUAAGUUUCAUGGGCUAGAAAUGUGUGUUGAUGCAAGGACUUUUGGGAAUGAGGCUCGAUUCAUCAGACGAUCCUGUACACCUAAUGCAGAGGUGAGGCAUGAAAUUGAAGAUGGUACCAUACAUCUCUACAUUUAUUCUACACAAAGUAUCACAAAAGGAACUGAAAUUACUAUUGCCUUUGAUUUUGACUACGGGAAUUGUAAAUACAAGGUGGACUGCGCAUGCCUCAAAGAAAAUCCAGAGUGCCCUGUUCUAAAACGUAGUUUGGAAUCCACAGAAAACAUCAAUAGCGGUUAUGAGACCAGAAGAAAAAAAGGAAAAAAAGAGAAAGAUAUUUCAAAAGAGAAGGAUACUCAAAAUCAGAAUAUUACAUUGGAUUGUGAAGGAACAAACAACAAAAUAAAGAGUCCAGAAACAAAACAAAGAAAGCUUUCUCCACUGAGACUAUCAGUAUCAAACAAUCAGGAACCAGAUUUUAUUGAUGAUAUAGAAGAAAAAACUCCUAUUAGCAAUGAGGUAGAAAUGGAAUCCGAGGAGCAAAUUGCAGAAAGGAAAAGGAAGAUGACAAGAGAAGAAAGGAAAAUGGAAGCAAUUUUACAAGCUUUUGCCAGACUUGAAAAGAGAGAGAAAAGACGAGAACAAGCUUUGGAAAGGAUCAGCACAGCCAAAACUGAAGUUAAGCCUGAGUGCAAAGACACACAGAUUGUCAGUGAUGCUGAAGUUAUCCAGGAACAAGCAAAAGAAGAAACUGCUAUCAAGCCAAUCCCUGCCAAAGUGAAUAGAACUAAACAGAGGAAAAGCUUUUCUCGCAGUAGGACUCACAUUGGACAGCAACGUCGCAGACACAGAACUGUCAGCAUGUGCUCAGAUAUACAGCCAUCUUCUCCUGAUGUCGAAGUUACAUCUCAACAGAAUGAUGUUGAAAGCACUAUACUUGCUGUAGAACCGGAAAUGGAAACUGCAGUAGCAGAAAUAGUUACUGAAACUGAAGUUCCAGCACUUAACAAAUGUCCCACAAAGUAUCCCAAAACAAAGAAGCACUUGGUCAAUGAAUGGUUAAGUGAGAAGAAUGAGAAGACAGGAAAACCUUCAGACAGCCUUUCAGAAAGGCCUCUGCGCAUAACUACAGAUCCAGAGGUGUUAGCUACACAGCUCAAUUCUUUGCCAGGUCUCACUUACAGUCCCCAUGUAUACUCUACUCCUAAGCAUUAUAUUAGAUUUACAUCACCAUUCCUUUCGGAAAAAAAGAGAAGAAAAGAACCUACUGAAAACAUUUCUGGCUCAUGCAAAAAGCGAUGGUUAAAACAAGCUCUAGAAGAAGAAAAUUCAACAAUUUUACAUAGGUAUCAUUCACCUUGUCAAGAAAGAUCCCGAAGUCCUACUGUUAAUGGUGAAAAUAAAAGUCCACUACUAUUAAAUGAUAGCUGCUCCCUUCCAGAUUUAACUACACCACUAAAAAAACGAAGACUUUACCAAUUGCUAGAUUCUGCUUACUCAGAAACCUCCACCCCUACUCCUUCACCAUAUGCUACACCAACUCACACAGAUAUCACUCCUACGGACCCAUCAUUUGCUACUCCUCCACGGAUAAAGUCAGAUGAUGAAACUUACAGAAAUGGUUAUAAACCCAUAUAUUCACCAGUUACCCCAGUGACUCCUGGUACACCAGGAAACACCAUGCACUUUGAGAAUAUUUCUUCCCCAGAAAGUUCUCCAGAAAUAAAGAGACGCACUUAUAGUCAAGAGGGAUAUGACAGAUCUUCAACCAUGUUAUCAUUGGGGCCUUUUAGAAAUACCAGUUUAACUGAGCUGGGCCUACAAGAAAUAAAGACUAUUGGUUAUACCAGCCCUAGGAGUAGGACUGAAGUCAACAGGCCUUGCCCAGGAGAAAAGGAACCUGUGUCAGACCUUCAACUGGGACUUGAUGCAGUUGAGCCAGCUGCCUUACAUAAAACCAUGGAAACAAUGGCCCAUGACAGGACAGAACCCAACAGCCAACUGGACUCAGCCCACUCUGGACGAGGCACAAUAUAUUCUUCCUGGGUAAAGAGUCCUGACAGAACAGGAGUUAACUUCUCAGUGAACUCCAACUUGAGGGACUUAACGCCCUCGCAUCAAUUAGAGGUUGGAGGAGGCUUCCGAGUAAGUGAGUCAAAGUGCCUGAUGCAGGAUGAUACUAGAGGCAUGUUUAUGGAAACAGCUAUGUUUUGUACUUCUGAAGAUGGGCUUGUCUCUGGUUUCGGACGGACUAUUAAUGACAAUUUGAUCGACGGGAGUUGCACACCCCAGAAUCCUCCACAAAAGAAAAAGGUUUCUCUAUUAGAAUACCGCAAGAGACAACGUGAAGCCAGGAAAAGUGGUUCUAAGACAGAAAACUUUCCUCUGGUUAGUGUGUCACCUCAUGCAAGUGGAAACCUAAGCAGCAAUGGUGAUGGGUGUGCCCACAGCAGCGAAAAUGGGGAGCAGGGAGAAAAUCCAUCUGGCCUGCCUUUACCACCGCCAGCUACCACUUACAACACCUCUUCCGAAGAAACCAGCAAUAAUUGUCCCGGCAAAGAAGCUGCUGCCAGUGAGAAGAAUGACCCAGAAGUUCAGUGGACUGCCUCUACUUCAGUGGAACAAGUGAGAGAAAGAAGUUAUCAGAGAGCUUUACUCCUCAGUGAUCACCGAAAAGAUAAAGACAGUGGGGGAGAGUCACCAUGUAUCUCAUGUUCACCGAGUCAUGUGCAGUCUUCACCUUCAUCUCAUUCAAAUCACAUUCCCCAGGUGCACACUAAGAGCCUAGUCCCUUUCACUGAACUUAUGGCAGACCCUGAUCCUGAAAAUCCAGAACCCACAACUACAAAUGAAUGUCCAUCCCCUGACACUUCUCAAAACACUUGUAAAAGCCCUUCAAAAAUGAGCAAGCCUGGUUCACCGGGACCGGUAAUUCCUGCUCAGUCACAUGGGAAAAUACUCACAAAACCAGAUUCUUACUGGGAGACAACAAUUACUGUUUCAGAAGCUGAGAACAGCACUCACCUAAAAACAGAGCUCCAGCAAAAACAGCUAUCAAAUAACACCCCAGCACUUUCAAAGAACCAUCCUCCUCAGUCCCAUGUUCGCAAUGCAACCGAGCAACUCCCACAAAAGCUGCCUUCUGCACCAACAAAGUUGCACUGUCCUCCAUCACCUCACAUAGAAAAUCCUCCUAAGUCCUCCACGCCUCACACACCUGUGCAGCAUGGUUAUCUCUCACCAAAGCCUCCUUCACAGCAGUUAGGAUCUCCCUUCAGGCCUCAUCAUUCCCAGUCACCUCAAGUUGGAACUCCUCAGCGAGAGCCUCAGAGAAACUUUUAUCCAGCAGCACAGAACCUUCAAGCCAAUACUCAGCAGGGAACUUCUGGAGCAUUAUUUACACAAACACCCUCAGGACAAUCUUCAGCAACAUACAGUCAGUUUAGCCAACAAAGUCUCAACAGCACCGCACCACCCCCUCCACCCCCUCCACCUCCUUCUUCUUCAACUUACUAUCAAAACCAGCAGCCCUCUGCAAACUUUCAGAAUUAUAAUCAGCUAAAAGGUAGCCUUUCCCAACAAACUGUGUUUACAUCUGGACCAAAUCAAGCACUUCCUGGCAGUACAAGCCAGCAGUCAGUUCCCGGACACCAUGUUACUCCAGGGCAUUUUUUGCCCUCUCAGAACCCUACCAUUCACCAUCAGACUGCUGCUGCUGUUGUGCCACCCCCACCUCCGCCGCCACCUGCUCCAGGACCACACCUUGUACAACAGCCAAAUUCGCAUCAGCAACAUUCUGUAGCACAUGUAGUCGGGCCAGUUCAUGCUAUCACCCCUGGGUCACACAUUCAUUCUCAAACUGCUGGACACCAUUUACCACCACCUCCUCCACCUCCUGGUCCUGCCCCUCAUCACCAUCCACCACCCCAUCCCUCCACAGGACUGCAAGGUCUACAAGCACAACACCAGCAUGUUGUAAAUUCAGCACCCCCUCCUCCUCCACCUCCUCCUCCAGCCAAUGUCUUGGCUUCUGGGCAUCAUCCAACAUCAGGUCAAGCCUUACACCACCCACCUCAUCAAGGACCUCCACUUUUUCCUGCAAGUGCUCAUCCAACUGUACCACCGUAUCCCUCACAAGCCACACAUCACACCACUUUGGGACCGGGACCCCAACACCAGCCUUCUGGAACAGGGCCACAUUGUCCAUUACCCGUUGCAGGUCCUCAUCUCCAGCCCCAAGGACCAAACAGUAUUCCAACACCUACUGCUUCAGGGUUCUGUCCUCAUCCUCAUCCUGGCUCUGUGGCCCUGCCACAUGGGGUGCAAGGACCUCAGCAGGCAUCGCCAGUGCCUGGACAGAUUCCAAUUCACAGAGCACAGGUGCCACCAACAUUUCAAAACAAUUACCAUGGUUCAGGGUGGCAUUAAAAUGGACUCAAACAACAUUUUUUAAAAUGUUCUGUAAGAUAAACUGUAUAUUUCAUAUGUACCUAUUAAGGUACUUUUUAAAGCUUGUACAUGAGACUUUGUAUAAAAACAAACAAACAAACAAAAAAAAAAUUACCAGUGCUCUUUCAUUGUAUUUUUCCCAUUUUUGCUUUUUAAAAUUCCUUAAGAAAUGUGCUCUUAAACCAGUAGUGAGUAUCUUUAUUUUGUAAGUAACAUUCCAGCUGUUUUUCUGGCAGUAGAUCUGAUGCUACAUGAUCUUUAAAUUGUAUUGUUGCUGUCAAACUCAUUUAGUGAAUAUUUUCUAUAUUUUAUACAUAUGCAUUAAGUACACAGCUAAAGAAAGCACUAUGAGGAUUUUCUUUUUUUUUCCUUUUUUUUUUUGGUCAGCAAUUCUGUGAGUGCAUCUUGGGUCUAAAAAUGCAAUACAGAUUUUUAUAGUUUGGUGUGGACAUGGCUCAUUUUGUUUUAUCAGUUAUUUGCAAGCAAAAUGUAAUUUAAUGUAUAGAUGAUUUCUAAUGUCUCUUGACUGUAAAUACUGCAUUUCUUUUGCAUAUAUAAUUGCUUCCAGCUUUUUUCAUUUGAUAUAUAGCAUUGUACAUAUGACAAGUCUUUUGCAAAACUGUGUGAUCUUUGUGAAAGUAGUACAGUAUAUGACCCUUUUUUAUUUUAAAUAUACUGUCACAUUGAAGCACUGGUUGGGCAUUUUAAUUCAUGUUAAUAAAUCACAAUUAUGUCAGUUUUACCAAAUUGUUCUGUACAACUUCUAAAAUGGAGGUCUGCUUAAUGAUUUUACAAAAGUUACAAUUUUCAAAUAUAAUUUUUAAGGCAAGAACCUUUCAUUUUCUUUAGCAACUACUACCUCAGUUUAAUGGUAGGCCACUGCUAAAGGCAAUAGUAAGUAAGGGGCUCCCACAAAUGGUUUCUACUACUUGCCCUUUUUAUUCCCAGGAGCAAGAGUCACAAGAAAUUAAGCAGUAGUACUUUGUAACUUUACUUAUUAAUAAGUAUCUAACAGCAUAUAAAAUUAAUCCGGACCACUAAUGUAUUACACACAAUAUACUUAAAGAUUGCAAUUUAUAAGUUUUUUGAAAAUCAUUUGCCUAAAGUAGGAAUAUUUAAUUUGCACACUUUAGAAUAUGACUGAAAUGCCCCACUAAUUAAUUACUAAUCAGAACCGAUAUGAAAACUGUGGGUGCUUAAUAUCUAGCUAUAUAGGGUACUUUUUAAUCAUGAAAAAUAUAUUUCUUUAAAUUUUGUUUCAGUCAAAGGAAAAAAGGCAUAGUUCUAACUUUUGAAAAAUGUCUAGCCUUUGCCUUCUACCUCUCAGGAGUACUAAGUCUAUCAGCAGUGACUGAUGCUGCGUGAUUGAUGCUGCUUAUCAAGAUACUUUGCAUCAUCCAAAUAAUGGCACAAUUUGGCCAUAGUAUAUAUAAAUUUUGUGCAUCAGGGGAAAAAGUAAACAGACUAUUUAAAAUGAAUGAUAUUUGGUAGUAACUUAAAUCAUGUUUUUAAAUUAAAUUUCCACCUGAAAAUUAGCUACUGGUGGUACAUUAAUAUAGCUUGUGUAGGGUUUAAUCCUAAUCAGCUUCAAGUUUUUGAACAGCAAAGGUCAACUUUGCCAUCCUUUACUUGGCAAACAAACUUCUGCUUAUGUUGGUUAUGUUACUAAAGAAUAAUGUCUGAAAAAUGAAUAAAUUAACUGUCCUUGGAUAGUUUCAAACAUAGACCAAAGUUAAUUAGCAUGUAAAAUAUCAAUAUUCAACUCUUCCAAAGCACUAUCCUCGUCACCAUUUUUAAAUCCUCAUACAUUCAAACUGAAUGAUAACUCUUUGAUGGAUACUACAUACAUUCAAGAAAUGUCUUCUAUCAAACUUUCAUUUUUAAAAAUGGGAUUUAAGAAAUACUUGAACAAGUUCUCUAAUAAAAGUUCUCUACUUCUUUAUCCUGUUAAAAAGUUACAUAUGGCACAGGCACAUGAAAAAGCAAGUCCUUUUCAUCUUUAAAGCCUUGAAUCCCAGCACUCAGAGGCAGAGGCAGGCAGAUCUCUGGCAAUCAAGGCUAUCUCAGGAGAUCCAGGCCAGCCUGGUCUACAUAGCAAGUUCCAGGCCAGUGGGGGCUAUAGGGAGACCCUGUCUCAAAACAAACGAAAUGAAUAUACCUCUUUGAAACUCUUUUAAUACCCACUUUUUCUUUGGAUAGUUCUGUCAAUUUCCUGAUAGCAGCUUCUGAAUCUCUGAUAGUGAAGAUUUCACAGGAACUCAACUCAAAUCACUGAGCUGGUGAUAAGGCUCGGCAUAACCAAUGGUUCACCUUUAGCUUAUAUUUAUUAUCAACAAACUACCAAGAAUCUGCUACAACCAUAUGGUACCCGAUAAACAAAUGUGUUCAUUCUAGAAGAACUGCUUCUGUAUUGUAUAGCUAGGGUAUUUAUCAUAGGAUCCAACUAGUUGCUUUUCUAACAUGAGCUAAAUAAAACGGCAGACAAAUUUCAAUCAAGUGUAAAAAUUCUUAAAGACAUAGAAAAGACACAUGUACUCUAUGGUGAGUAUAAGAAUGUUUUCUAUGGAAAUUGUGACUAACAACACUGGUCUACAGCCGCAUCUGUCAGAAGCUACAUGGAAACCUACAGUCUCAUCAGAAAAAUUCAUCAUGCACAUCUCAUGAAUGAGUACCACAUUCUAACUCACAGCAGUAUGUGAUGUAAUGCUAGCUCCAAAGAGGACUGUGUGUCUUAUUCCCUCAGUGAAUAAUAUUGGAAAAAAGAAAUUUGAGAUGCUCAAAUAAAAUGCAAUCAGUGCAUUCUGAUAAAACAUUGAUAAAAAGGGACCAUUCACAUUCUGGAUGAUGAAGCUAUACUACAGCCUCAUUCCUAAAUCCCUUCUGCCCCUAAAAACAAAUCAGCAAUUUCCUCAUAGUAAGGUUUAUGUAUGUCCUAUGACUGCAGCUGCUGCAUCAGGAAUGUUGACACUUCCUUUAGUUUUUGUGACACUGUACUGAUAGUAAACGUAUGUUCAUUCUGUCACUUCAAAUGACCAAGGCAAUGUCUGGGAAAAAAAAAAAAAAAAA